AUGGUGCGUUGACAAUUUCGAAUUUACUAGUGGAUGCAAAUGCAGUAGACAAAGAUGCCCUAUCGGUCGCCGCUGACCACCGUCCCAAAUGUCUGACCGGUCCAAGUCAAACACCGCGGGCUUCCCUAUAAAACCAGCCAUCGACGACUCUUCCAUCCGCCUUUACUCGACUAGUGGUGAUCCUGUGAUCCAUGAUGGGCAAAGGACUCUUCCGCACUUGCUUCAGCCCCAGCUCUCGUGGCCUGGUGAAGCUGGUAUUCUGGGGCGGCACCGCCACGUUCUUGCCGGAGAAGCAGCCCGCCGGGGAGGUCAUGUACCGGUUCCCGGACCGCAUCGUCUGCCACGCCGACUCCUUCUACAUCGGUCUCCCGAUCCCGGUUCUUUCUGCCGCCGAAGAGCUUCUCCCCGGCCGGACCUACUUCGUCCUCCCGGCCGACAGAUUCCGGCUCGACCAGACCCUGACCGUCGCAUCGCUCGCGUCGCUGUCGCCGGUGCCGACGAAGGUGUCGCUCGCCGGAGACGGACAGCGUCCGUUCGCGUACGUGAAGGGAGGGGAUGGGAGGACACUCAUCAAGGUGCUGCCUGAGUUCAUAUCUAUGGUUAUCUGCUCUUCGGGAGAAGGCGGGAGGAGGAGGGGCGGCGAUGGCGGGGCGUUAUGCAGCACGCCUGAGUUGAAGAGGCACUACGCGCAGCUGGUGGGGUCGAGGGCUCGCCGGCCUUGGUCUCCGGCGCUCGAGAUGAUAUCAGAGAGGAAGAGUCGAUCAUUGUCGUCGCCCGUCAAGUUGUUGGGGUUGGAGAGGAGGUCGAGCUAAUUAAGCCCAUGUUUUCUUCCUCUGUAAAUAUUAGAGGAGAUAUAUGAUCAAGUUCUUUUCAUGCUUGAUAUCGAGGUUUUCUGGAACUCCUAUGACCAAUGUAAAGAUUGAUACAUGCCCGUACCCGAGUCUGAGAAUUGCUCGGGCUGGCGUACUUGUUUGGCUUUCGUGAAGUUACAAUAGCGUUGGCUUGUUAGAAUUCUUUUGUUGUGACUGACUUCCGUCACCAUCGAAGAAUGGUGUGUACUAGAAGAUGCUGGUGAAAUGCGUGUGCUGUUUACAGGUCGUCGUUAUCCGAAGCCAUAGUGGACUAUAACUUUAGGUUGACCAUGUACGACCAGAUCAGUGAUUCCAAGAGCCAGUAGCCGAGAC